UAAGCUCUCGAUAGGCCGCCCCUGAUCGACUCUGGACAUGGCGGGGCGCGGCGACGACGUGGCCGUGAUGACCGUGGCGGAGUAUGAGGCAAGGAGGAGGAGGCGGGCGGAGCAGGUCACGCUGCCGACCGGCAUGCUGCUUGUGCAGGUGCUGACGGUGGUGACCAUGCUGCUUACCAAGGUGGCUCUCAACGACAUGCACCCCCUCAUCCUGCUCGCCUACCGCAACCUCGUCGCAGCCGCCUUCUUCUUCCUCCUCGCCAUCGUCUUCGAGAGGCAUAAUGGAGCGCCGGACGGGUCAUACGUAGAGUUACUUAGAUGCAUGCAUGCUAGCUACCAGGUCGUGUGGCCGGCUGUUGAGGAACUGAUGCGCGCAUGGAUAUGGACGUCGUGCAUGUAGCUAGCUUAGAGGGUGUUUGUUUUCAGGGACUUAUUGCUUUAGGGACUUAAAAAAGUCCCUAGAAAUUUAUAGGGACUUAAUGUGAUAAUUUGGGAUUUAUAAAAUAAGACUCUCAAGGAGGGACUUAUAGAGACUUAUAGUUGUAAUAUGGUCUUUUAAUCCAUAUUAAGUCCCAGAAGCUAGAUAAGUAGGGACUUUUUAGAGACUUAAAACUUAUAAGUUGGGAUUAAAAAAAGUCUUAGGACUUAUUAACCAAACAGGGCCUUAGU